CCCCUGCCCAUGCCCUUCGUCCCGAUUCGAACAUGUCAGAUUUGGUUGGUUGGGUAUCUUGGUGGUGGGUUGGUUCGCCAGGCGCCGAGGCCCAAGUUCUUUGUCCUGGAAUGGUGGCUAGGGAGCUUUGUUUCGGGGUUCUAUCUCUGUGAUUUGGGUGCGGAUGGGAGGAAUUCUUCUUGGUUUGGGGGAAUUUGGGGGGUUCCGGUGCUGAUUUGAGUGUUUUCUGGCUGGUUCUUGGCGCUCCUUCGGGAGAAUUUUGUGGAGCUCUCUGAUGGGAGUGGUCUAGGUCGGGAUCUCAGACUGGAUGGCCUAAUUUGAUCUUAUCAAGGUGAAUUAUGCCUUCUCAGUGAGGAUUUAGGUGACUGUGGUUACAAUUGCUGGGGUAUUUGACCUAAAAACGAAGAUGGGCGAGCAAAAGGGGCCUCCUAUUGUCAAAAUUUUAGUCAUUGAACCAGUAGCACGAGAGCGGUGUUCUCGGUGUAUUCUUUGCGUGUAGAUUGGAGGAUUGGCCGCAAUGGCGUAGCAAAAUACCCUUUAAUGUAUCUUUUGAGCUUCUGUUGAUGCUUUUAAGCUUUUUGAUUGUUGUAGUAGUGAUUAACAAUUUUGUAGGAAAUGAUCUACUGCGAGAAGGUACUGUAGUAAGGAAAUUUAAUUGGCAGUAAAGCUUCAUUUUCUGAACUGUCCUUGUGCCCAUUGAUAAUGCCAUUAACGUAGAAAAAAUAGCAUUUCGGAUAGCAUUUUAGUUAAAUCGUGAGCACUUAUCUAGUCUUGGGCCGUGGCCCUUUCAUUUCUUUGCUUAAAGUUAACGAAGAAAGAUGCUUCUCGGGUAAUAUUUAAUAAUGCACUAUUCAGUGGAUAAGGUGCACUUUUUAGAUGGAGAAGAAAGUGUUUUUGUCACUGAUUUGAGUUGAAAAUGGUGAAUUUUGAACCAAUUUGUGGCAUAAGAAAACCCUUUUGCCAACCUCCAUCCAUGUGUUAGCAAUCAUGGUAGGAGGAUCAAGAUUGAAGUAAAACUUAAAGAAGCCCUUUGCUUCAAAUACCUUUCUUGUGCUGGUUACUUAGCAUGUUCUUAAAGGAUGGAAUCCUUGGCCCAAUUGCAGUAUCAAUUGAUUCUCUCUAAUUAAAAAGUUAUGUGUUGUUCCUUGUUUCUCUUUAAUUCUGGUAGAUCUGGGAGGGGUCCUGACAUGCUCCAUGUGGGCCACUGGUUUUCCCUUUAUCUCUUAUCUGGCUCUUAGGUGUGACUUUUUUAAUGGGUAUUGUAGAUCACAUCUAAUGUGCUUCAUUGAUUUGAUUAUUUAAAAGCCUUUGGUUGUUGCUAUUCGUUUGUUUAUGUUCCUACCCUUCUGUGGUUGGAUCCCAUAAAGUCUACCUGUGACUUCUGCUGCCUUGGUUGCUUGUUAGUCAUUGUUGUGGAUCUUAAGUUUGCUGACUUGGUUUAAGGAGGAAGGCUGCUGCAAGAGUAAAGCUGCAAUUGGUUGGUUUCCGAAGAAAUGGCAAGAAGUGCAAGGGCAAGGAGGCAUGUGGCUCGUCAGCUUAGAUCCGCACCGUAUCCCAUCCCUUCGUACCGCUGGAAAGCAAUGAAAGAAUCAAACCGAAAGAAAACUCUGCCAGCUGCACAGAAGAUGGACUGGGAAGAUGCCAACUGCUCUGUGUGCAUGGAAUACCCGCAUAAUGCUGUUCUCCUCCUUUGUUCUUCGCAUGAUAAAGGUUGUCGCCCUUACAUGUGUGGAACUAGCCACCGCCACUCAAAUUGCCUUGAUCAAUUCAAGAAGGCUUACACCAAGGGUGCAUUGCUAGAGGAACUUCCUGCCAACACUGUUGGCACGAACUUGGACUCGACGCCAUUGAUUGCAGGUGAAAAAAAUGAGUCUGUUGAUCUUGCAUGUCCACUGUGUCGUGGCAAGGUGAAGGGAUGGACUAUAGUAGAACCAGCUCGAAGUUAUCUCAAUGGGAAAAGGAGGACAUGCAUGCAGGAUGGUUGCUCAUUUGUAGGAACCUACAAGGAACUCCGCAAGCAUGUGAAGUCAGAGCACCCUCUUGCAAAGCCAAGGGAAGUCGAUCCCAUCCUUGAACAGAAGUGGAGAUUGCUAGAGAUUGAAAGAGAGAGGCAAGAUGCACUCAGUACGAUAACAGCAACUAUGGGGAGGGCGAUUGUUUUCGGUGAUUAUGUGCUAGACUUGGAAGAUGAAGAUGAUUUAGAUGAUGUAGAAAGUGAUGAGGAUGACAAUGCCAACGGACACGGGACAGAUAACACUAGACGAAUGUUAAUGUUUCUAAUGCGCCAAGUUGCUCGGCAUCAUCAAAACCAAAGGCUUCAGAAUGCAAUUGGUACAACUGGCGGUGCCGAGGACAAUUAUGCGGUGAGCAGUGGUGCAAAUGCAACCACGCCUUACCAUUACCCCUUGGAAGGCGACGAUGAGGAUGAUUUGGUUAUGGCCGGAGGCGGAAGCACCGGUAUGGUUAGACCAGAGAGGCGGCGUCGGCGCCGCCGUAGAAACCGCGAGAGGUUGUUCUUAGGUGCUAAUUGAGACAACAGGGGCUUUACCACUGGAGGAGUACAUUGCACAAUUGGUUCUCUGGUGCAUAGCAUUCAUCAAUUUCAACCUCAAUUUACUUGUUCAUGAUCAUGUACCAAAGUAGUUGUCUUAACCUUUUAGCUCAUUGUUUCACUUCAAUGUAUGCCAUCUCACAUUCAUUGUUGAAAAGGAAAAUACCGCACCCAUCUUGUGCGGUUUGUGUAGCCUUUAUUUCCAGUUUUUCAGAAGCUCUGCUAAAUAUUAAUCCAGUGGGGAUCGAUUUUAGAUCUCACCAGCUUCAGAUA